AUGCCAGUAGAAGAAAAGAAAAAGAAGGCUAAAAAAGCAAGUAAAGCUAGCAAUAAGUCAACCGAUCAAACAAUAUCAACACCAACAAAUGGUUGCUAUGUUUGCCAUAAAACAAAUGAAGGAACAGACAAACAAACAAUGCUGACUUGUAAAACUUGUGGAUUAAAAGUUCACGCUGGGUGCUAUGAAAAUACACACUUCUCUCUAAAGUAUGCCGAUUCUUGGGAAUGUGUGGAUUGUAAAAAGUGUGAGGUCUGUAAAGAUGCUAAUUAUAGAGAAGGAAAUGAAAUAUUAAUGUGUAACAGAUGUGAUAAGGGAUACCAUCAACUUUGUUGUUCAGAGAAAUUCCGAACAGUGCCUGAAGGUGAUAAACCAUGGUUUUGUGAGUCUUGUGUAGAUUAUUUGAAGGAAAAGAAGCAAAAAAAGAAGAGGAAAGUUGAAAAACCUGUCACUAAAUCAGAGUCAGCAGAAUCAUUGUUCAAGUUAAAACCUGGUAAGCAUCAAAAGGUUGAGGAUAAGCAAGCUCCAAUAGCAACAACAACACCAUCAUCUAACGAAACAACCUCAACAAUUAAAUCAUCAACUCCUCCACCACCACCAUCAUCAUCAGUAUCAUCAACAAAUGGAAGUACAAAUGAUAAGGAACCAGUCUUGGAAUCAAAUGGUCACAAAAAAGAACAACACGCUCAAACAGAAGUAGCUAAGGAAAAUAUUAACAUUUUCAUCAUUUACAAAACUCAACAAUCUACUCUCUAUUCAUGCUCUUUCCCAUUUCCUUCACUCGAUGGUCCAACAUCUCAAAAUCGCUCAUUGUGGUCUGACAAGUACUUUAAGCAAUUAUGUACUGUGAUCUUCAAUCGAUUGUCAAACAAAAUGAAGGACCUGAUAGAAGAUAAAUGUGUCAAUGCAGAAAUCAAGAAAAUGGUCAAGGAAAAUACAUUUAUCAUUGAUCGUGUUGCAUUAAAAGAAAAGGACAGAUUUGGUGGAGACAUUUUGGUUGAUUUGGAUAGAAUUUACUUUGAAGAUUAUGAGUUACGUAGUGGAGACACAUUGGUUGUGGAUUUGUCAAUCGAAACAAAAAGCAAUGGUCAAACUAUUAGAUGGAGCCAAUAA